UGGGGGAAGCACCUUACUUAGAGCUUCGUCACAAUCUGGUGAUUUUGAUUUAUACGAUCAUUUUUUUGGUGGGUCCUUAUCACCUUUGACGGAUCGGCUCGCGCAUAAUUCUCCGCUUACAGUUGGCAAUCUUCUCACAAAAUGGGCCAGAAUUAUGUAAAGGUAAAGGCACCAUUUUCAAAUAGCUGUUCGCAGUAUGAAUUGAAAUCGAAAAAUGUACAAGUUGGUUAUACGAUCUAUGUCAAGCAGUCUUUUAUGGUUUUGGAAAUAAUAUCUGAAAGAUAAAUUAAUUGAAAACCACUAUGUCCUUAAAAUAUGUAAUAAAUACAAGCCCCUAUAGCUUCCUUAAUGGGAGCGAUUUUAUGCAAAAUGUGAGCUGCUUGGCGGUGAUGCACUUCAAUUACCUCCAUCGUUGCGAAAUGGCCACAAAAAUCGACGACUGCAAAUACAUCACCAACUUCUUCAACUACUAUGUUAUGAUGUACUGCUCCUUCAAGAUCGACAAUAAAAUCACCGAAAUAGUGGUGAUGCUCUUGUUUGCACUAAUCUACUGCUUCUUCCUUUGCAUCCUCUACGAGGGCGUCAACGACUACUUUGCACCAACACUCAAGAUCGCUGCUCUGAAAAUGAGGAUUAACGAGUACAUGGCGGGCGUGGUGCUCGUGGGCGUGGCCAACUCCACACCCGAUCUCCUGGUCAACCUGUCGCCAGCCAGGCUGGAGGGUCUCACCUUCAACAUAGCCAUGGCCAAUGCCCUAACGAUAAUUUGCUUGAGCGGAGGAGCGGUGUGCUUUAUUCGGCCUUUUAGGAUGAAUGGUCACAGUAUCUUCAGGGAUCUAUUGUUCCUCCUGCUAAUCGUGGAGCUGGUGAGAUUCUUCAUGAAAGAGACUGCUCUAGCGCCAUGGAUAAAGGGUGCCAUCUUACUGAUUAUCUAUCCGAUAUACCUGCUUAUAAACAUAGUCGAUCUGAUCCUCCUACGUUACGCAAUAAGAAAACUUCGAGCGGAUAUUGAAGUGUUAAGACAAUCACCGUCAUCCCGGGAACAUGAUCUUAUAUUGACUGAAAAGAUUGUUCGCUUGAACAAUUUACAGCAGGACGACGAAAUCCAAAUCCUUGAGUCUAAAUUAUAUCGCAAGCGAACAUACAACGCAGGCUUCUUUGUUACACCCAAGCCCUUGAUUCAUCACAAGGAGGUUGACGUGGAAACCAACCGAAGAAUUCUCCACAGCAAAGCAAAUCCGAAAAAUCUGUUUCUCUUCAGCGAGUUCCUCCAUGCCAUCAAUCCGAUCGACUCAGAGGGAUGGUACCUCAGUGGUACCUGUGCACGCGUUUUGCAAAUCCUCAAGGCCCCGGUCACUCUAAUGCUCCAUUUGGUGGUUCCAUUGGUGGACUACCAGCUGGUCAAGCACGGUUGGAGCAAGAUGCUCAACUGCUUACAGAUCGUCCUGACUCCAUUCGUGAUCUUCGCACUGGUUGAGACUAUGCUGGUGCACAAAUACGCGGAAUGGUAUUACGUUCCUCAGUUCCGGAUGGCUAUAUGGUCACUACUGGUAACGAUGCCCCUGGCAAUAGUUGUAUUCGUGCACUCGCGCACUGACAUCCCGCCGUUUUAUCACUCGGUUUACUGCGCGCUUACAAUCUCCACCGUGAUCAUAUUCUGUUGGAUUUGUGCCUGGGAAAUGGAUGCGCUGAUAUCCAUCAUUGGAGUUGUCUUUGAUCUGGCCCCCUCCUACAUGAGCAUCACCUUCAACUCGGUGUCCGCUGCCGCGGCUGACUUUAUAGCCUAUAGGCAUCUUGCCAAGCAUGGAUACGGAAAGAUGGCUUUUGGCGCCAUCAUCGGUGGUUCAGUUUAUAGUUUGGUGGUCAACGUGGGCAUUGAAUUGGUGUUGCAGAAGAAAAUCAACGCCCACGGUCAAGUAGUCUUGUAUGGAGAUGACGGUGUAACCAUCUACAUAUUCCUGGUGAUAACCAUCACAACCACCUUGUGGUGGAGCCUCACCUUCAACUUUGUUGCCCGCCGAUCCGCUGGGCUGUUCAUGUGGUCCCUAUUCGUGCUGUUCCUAGUUUACACAACAGCCAUAGAGUUGCAGUGGGUCCAUGGUUUCCAAGACAAUAUUCAGAUUCGCCCGACUGCCUAAUAAAGCAAUGUAUUGUCAAGACAAACA